GGACGGACCAACUCAAGCAAUUACACGAAAAUCAUACCCAACACGAGUCUGCUUCAAUACAGCGCUGGGUACAAUCUUUGUCUUCCUACAGAAAAAAAACUAAUGGGAAGAAAUCUGAGAAAUAAAACUGAGGAAAGGAGAACAAAAGACCAAACCUAAAUCCUCAACGAGACUUCCAGAGUUUCUCUUCAUUAUUGUUAACUAUCUGUCUAGCUGUAUACAGCUGACGUAUAGCGAGGGCAGAAUAGUAAGAAGACAGUAAUACACCAAGUUCUUCACGAGGCAGCUCGACACUGAUUCCAUUAUUGCUUACCCAACAUCAUCCAAGCAACCAGGAUGGAUGAACGGUGUAACACAGAAGAAACACAUCAGUCCUUGGCGACUAGAUCAAUCACACAAUCAAGUAGCAAAUCAUCAACAGCAAGCUCGGCUGCACUCAGGGCUCGAGCCAGAGUUGAAGCUGCUUGCACGCAGGCUUCAUUUGCUAAGAAAGAAGCGGAGAUGAUGGUUGAAGAGGCAACAUUAAAAGCAAAAAUGCACAUUCUGCAGAAAGAAAAGGAUGCAGCUACAGUCACUGCAGAAGAGGCAGUGUUCGUGGCUGCUGAGAAAAACGCAGAGAUAGACUCUCGUCAUGACAUUGACCUACCUCUCUCACCAUCCAACGCUGCACAAAGGACAAGUGAGUACGUUUUGCAACACAGCUGUGGCGCAUCAGGACACAUGUCUAUGCACACAUGUUCACAACCUGCAGUCGAGAAAGUUGAACGAGAAAUGAGCAACCUCAAAAUUGAAAAUAAAGAUACUCACCUUCAAACAGCUCAUAAAGAUGUGAACAUCCAACCAGCAGUGAACGCCACACAACAUACUCCUGUAAACGUUCCUCCUGUGCAAACACAGAAAAAGAGACAUUUAGAUCCAACUGUAAAUUCAACUUACCUGAGACAGCCUGCACAGCAGAGGUGGGACCCUGACAACUCUUUAAGGCAGAUAGCAACCACACCAGAUGUCGCAAAAUACUUCAUGCGAAGAGAAGUAGUCACAUCUGGUUUAAUGGAGUUCGAUGACCACCCAGAGAACUAUUGGGCGUGGAAAACAUCUUUUCAAAGAGUCGUUGAUGAACUCGCAUUAACUCCAAGAGAAGAGUUAGACCUCCUGAUUAAAUGGCUCGGACCAGCAUCUAAGGGACAAGCAAAAAGAAUCAGAGCCAUACACAGCCACAACUCGGCUGCAGGGCUAAACAUGGUUUGGCAAAGACUAGAAGAGACUUAUGGAACCCCUGAGGCAGUCGAACAUUCACUCCUGAAGAGGAUUGAGGAAUUUCCCAGAAUCACGAACAGAGACAAUGUGAGAUUAAGAGAGCUUGGAGAGCUCUUGCUUGAACUUGAAUCUGCAAAAGAAGGAGGAUUCCUCCCUGGCCUAACAUAUCUUGAUACUUCACGUGGGGUGAACCCCAUACUAGAAAAACUCCCAUUUAGUCUUCAAGAAAAAUGGAUUUCCUAAGGGUCAAAGUACAAAGAAUACAACCAUGUCCCCUAUCCACCCUUCAGCUUCUUCUCACAGUUUAUUCGUUCUGAAGCUAAAACCAGAAAUGACCCUAGCUUUAUGAUAUCUCAAGCUCACUACUCAGGUCCCACCAAGACAGAGAGACCCACAAGAUACAACAACAGAGUAGCAGUGUCUGUGAGGAAGACUGGCGUCUUUUCUGAAGCUACAGCAGCUCCCACAGGCUCUGUCGAAAAAAGAGCUAUAGAUCCAGACCGCCUAUGCCCUCUACAUAACAAACCUCACGCACUCAGAAAAUGCCACACCUUCCGCAGCAAGCCCAUAGAGGAGCGUAAAACCUACCUCAAGGAGAAGAACAUCUGCUUCAGGUGUUGCAGCUCGACCAAACAUAGAGCAAAAGACUGUGAUAAAGAAAUAAUCUGCAGAGAAUGUGGCAGCAAGGCUCACACAUCAGCUUUACAUCCUGGUCGCACACCUUGGGUCUCAGAAGUCCCAGCAGAUCAAGGCGAGGAGGAGGAGACCCACAAGAGUCCUCCAGGAGCUCUCCCUGCAGUAACAUCAAAAUGUACAGAGGUUUAUGGGGGAAACACCAACGCCAAAUCCUGCUGCAAAAUAUGUUUAGUUAACAUCUACCCUGAAGAUCAACCAGAAAAGGUAAUUCAGACAUACGCAGUGUUAGACGAUCAGAGCAAUCGUUCACUUGGUCGCCCUGAGUUCUUCAACCACUUUGGCCUCUAUGAAAAAGCAUCUCCCUACACCUUAAAGAUGUGCUCUGGUGUUAUGGAAACUGCAGGGAGGAGAGCAACAGACUUUGUGGUGGAAUCCUAUGAUGGAAAGAUCAAGGUCAAGCUUCCGACUCUCAUUGAGUGUGAAAUGAUUCCAGACAACCGAGAUGAAAUCCCCACACCUGAAAUAGCCCGCUUUUUCCCCCAUUUGAGACAUUUAACAGAUAAGAUACCACCUCUCAAUGAAAAUGCUCAGAUCUUCAUCCUGCUAGGAAGAGACAUUUUGCAAGUGCAUAAAGUGAGGCAGCAGUAUAAUGGUAACCAUGACGACCCCUACGCCCAACGUCUUGACCUCAGGUGGGUUAUUGUAGGAGACGUUUGCCUGGACCGAGCUCACAAACCACCUAGUGUCAGAGUCUACAAGACACACACACUGCCUAAUGAACAUACAUCCAUGUUAAGUCCUUGUCCUAACAAAAUACAAGUGAAAGAGACACUUAAGACAAAAAUACUCAUCAACCAAGUAUUGUGAACUGCACAUUCCAAGGCGAGGAGACGGAAAAACUUGGAGCUACAGUCUUCGACAGCCACCCUGAUGAUGAAAAGGUAGCUCUGUCAGUCGACGAUCAGACAUUCCUAGACAUCAUGGACAAACAGGUUUACAUGGAUCAAGCGAACAGCUGGGUAGCACCGCUGCCAUUCUGCAAAGCCCGCCGCCGUCUUCUAAACAACAGAGACAUGGCUCUGCGACGACUCUUGUCUCUCCGACGAACACUAGACAGACGCACAGGCAUGAAAGAACACUUUGUGGAGUUCAUGAAAAAAGUGUUCGAGAAUGACCAAGCAGAACUAGCACCAGCAUUAGAGGAACAUCAAGAAAGAUGGUACUUACCUCUAUUUGGAGUCUAUCAUCCUCAAAAACCAAAUCAGAUCAGAGUGGCUUUCGAUUCAAGCGCCAAACAUGAUGGUGCAUCACUGAAUGACGUGCUGCUCAGUGGGCCAGACUUAAACAACGCCCUGCUGGGUGUCUUAAUGCGCUUCAGGAGAGAGAACAUCACAGUCACCACUGAUAUUCAGCAGAUGUUUUACGCAUUUGUUGUUCAAGAAGAUCAUCGUGACUAUCUAAGGUUCCUUUGGUAUAAGGAUAACAACUUCAACAACAACAUCACAGAAUACAGAAUGAAGGUGCACAUAUUUGGCAACAGCCCCUCACCAUCAGUUGCCAUAUAUGGUCUAAGAAGAGCUGCACAAGAACAUCAGGCUGAAUACGGCACAGACAGUAAAGAGUUCGUCAUGAGGAACUUCUACGUGGACAAUGGAUUGACGUCAGUUCCGACAGAAGAGGAAGCUAUUGAUCUGCUAAAGAGGGCUCAAAAAAUGUUAGCAGCAUCUAACUUAAAGCUCCACAAAAUUGCUUCCAAUAGCAACAAAGUCAUGACAGCAUUUGCCCCAGAGGACCUUGCAAAAGACCUAAAAGACCUCAACUUAGGAACAGAUCCUCUCCCGCUUCAACGGAGCCUCGGACUGAUAUGGAAUCUGGAGAGCGACAGUUUCAGUUUCCAAGUAUCCCGCGAGGAGAAACCGUUCAUGAAAAGAGGCAUCUUAUCAACAAUUCAGAGCCUCUGUGAUCCGCUGGGCUUCGUGGCUCCCAUCACAGUUCAGGGAAAAGCUCUGGUCAGAGAACUGUCGUCUAAAGAAUAUGACUGGGAUGAUCCUCUCCCGUCAGAUAAGCAAGUGUCCUGGAAGCUGUGGAAAGAGUCCCUCCCAGAAUUAGAAAAGCUACACAUCAAAAGAAGGUAUGUGCCUAUCUCUCUUCCCUCAUCUAAAAGUCGACAGCUUUGUUUAUUCUCCGAUGCCUCCACUCAGGCUAUCACCGCAGUAGCCUACCUGCAUGUCACCAAUGAUGAAAACAAGUGCCACGUAGGAUUCAUCAUGGGCAAAGUGAAGUUGGCGCUGCAUCCAGCCCAUACAGUACCACGUUUAGAGCUGUGUGCUGCUGUCCUGGCAGCUGAGAUGGCAGACGCAAUCUGCAGUGAGAUGGACAUUGAGAUGCAUGCCGUGAGAUUUUUCACUGAUAGCAGGAUUGUUCUCGGGUACAUCCAUAACACCUGCAGAAGAUUUCAUGUGUAUGUUGCUAACCAAGUCAAUCGCAUCAGGAAAUUGAGUCAUCCUCAACAGUGGCAGUAUGUUGCCACCGAACAGAACCCAGCAGAUCAUGCCACCAGGCCCAAGUCUGUAGACAUCCUCAGAGCUUCAAACUGGUUCUCAGGUCCAGGAUUCCUGAAAAACACAAGUGAGUCUCCACAAAGCAACAGUUUUGAUCUUGUGGAUCCUGAACAUGAUGUGGAAGUCCGGCCUCAGGUUGCUGUCAACAACACCAAAGCUACAGAAGGUCAGUUCAGCUCAGCAUGCUUUGAACGAUUUUCUAGCUGGAAGAGAUUACUGCAAGCUAUCACAAAACUUAUUCAAGUAAUAAGAACAUUCUCCAAGACUCACAAAGCGAAUGCUGUCAAUGCACAGUGGCAAGCUAAAACGGUCGUCAUUCGUUGUGUCCAGCAAGAAUCCUAUGGAGAAGAGUUAAACUGUCUGAGAGACAGGAUUCAGCUCUCAAAGAAGAGUCCGCUGAGAAAGUUAAAUCCUUUUAUCGACGAGGAUGGACUCCUUCGGAUUGGAGGACGCCUUACCAACGCUGACUUACGGUACCAAGAGACGAGAGACAUCCUGUCAUACUGCCAAAAACACAUCACAUCACGACUCUCAUAGUGAGAC